AUGGAGCGCCAAGUGGUGCAUGCAGUCGUGCCUGCAGAUGGGACUCCUGUGCAAGUAAACUGGCUGCCUGCUCCGCCUGAACGUAUCCCGGGUGCUGUACGAUGCGUAUGCAUUUCCGACACUCACCUGCAGCAUCGUGACUUGCAUUCGCCUCUACCUCUUGGAGAUAUCUUGAUCCAUUGCGGCGACGUUCUGCUGGAGAGCAGGAAAGCCACUGUUGAGGACAUGUGUGACCUCACGGACUUCAACAACUGGCUUGGUGGGCUCUCGCACAAACACAGGCUGCUGGUGGCAGGGAACCACGAUGGUGCGCUCCAGGAACUCCGUUCUCUCGGGGUGACGCGACUUCUGUCCCACUGUACAUAUCUGGAGGAUGAAUCGAUCGAGCUGGAAAGCUUGAAGAUCCACGGAUCGCCACUGUCUGCAGGCACGAGCCCAAAUGCUGUGUUUCAGAGCCAGAGCGGCUAUGACGAAGCCAAGGCUAUUGCCGCAGUGCCCGAAGGUGGUGGCGUAAACCCGCCCCCUUGUCAAAGUAGACAGGCUUCAAAGCUUCGAUGUGAGAUUUUCAGUCAUUGCCAGGAUUAG